UGAUCCAUCAAAAUAUCAAUUUACUAAUAAAGUUUUGAAAUGGAGCAAUUUGGGAGGCAUUUAAUGACGGACAUCAACGAUCAAUUUGAGCUCCAAGAUUUCAUCCAUGGCGACAACUUUGAUCAAUAUGUGAAUCUGAUUCGUGGAGGGAACGAAACUCCGAUCUUCAACAAUAACUUUGAUCUCGAUUUCAUGAACGGUUGCUUGAUCGAGAAUCGUGUGGUGGAUCAAAGCUUGGAAUACAUUGUAGAUUCAAAUAUGGUGAUGAAUUCUGAUCCAAAUUCUCUGUUUAGUACAUUGGAGAGUUUCAAUAGCAUCAUGAAAGAAGUUGAAGAUGAAGACGAAGACGAAGAUGAAAACGAGUCUGUAGAGAAUUCUUCUUCCACAACCUCAAAGAAACCUAAGGCAGAUAGAACAAGAACUUUGAUUUCUGAAAGAAGAAGAAGAGGAAGAAUGAAGGAAAAGCUUUAUGCAUUGCGUUCAUUGGUUCCAAAUAUAACUAAGAUGGACAAAGCUUCCAUCGUUGGAGAUGCAGUGUUGUAUGUGAAAGAGCUACAAAUGCAAGCAAAGAAGCUCAAAUCAGAAAUAUCAGUUUUGGAAUCUUCAAUCAACGAAACACAAAAAGUUCAUAGAGAUCAAACCAAAAAGAAAAUUAUUCAAACUUCAUAUUCUGACCAAUUCCUCCCCACCAAAAUAAUUCAGCUGGAUGUGUUUCAAGUAGAGGAAAGAGGGUUUUAUUUGAGGCUAGUUUGCAAGAUGGGUGAAAGAGUAGCCAUGUCUCUUUACAAAGUUCUUGAAUCUCUCACCAGCUUCAUUAUUCAAAGCUCCAAUUUGACUUCUGCUUCUGACAGAUUCAUUCUCACUGCUACAAUUAAUGUGAGGGAUUGUGAGGUGGACAUGAAUUUGCCAAAUCUGAAGCUUUGGCUAACUGGGGCACUUCUUAACCAUGGAUUUGAGUUUUAAUCGCAUCUUUCUCCAUUUUUUAACUUUUCUGUUUAACCCUUUAAACUAAUACAGAGAUUGUAAUUAUUUUAAUUGGCAACUUUGUAUUUGAAUUUUGAAAUGGAGGGAGCAACAAUGCAUCAAUGUGUACUUUCGUAUUUUCUUAGAGAUUUGACUUCUUAAAUAAUAAACUUUUCAUCGAA